AUGUCGGCGGUCUCGGCGCCCGCACCCUCGGGACCGCAGGCCUUCACGUCAUCCUACGCGCCCAGAUUACGCACGUACAACAACUCGCUCCUCAUCCCUGUCAUCAACCAGCCGCAAGCUGGCCCUAUAUCGCGAACAACCAAACGAGGAACGACGGUAAUCAACUAUGCCGAAGACGGCUACGACGACUACGAUGAUGACGAUGACGACAGCCGGCGCCGACCGACCGGUCUGCGAAGUUUGCGCCGCGAAGAUAGCGUGAACAAAGCCGAUGCUGCCGAGAGGGUCAACAAGGAGACGACGACGCCCGUGACGGUGCCGGGCAUCUGGAGGGAGUGGAUGGGCAAGACGCGCAUCAACAGGCCAGAAGCGCACAAUUUUGCGCAGGCGCAGCUCCCUCUGACCCUGAUCCCCAUCAGGCUGGACGUUGAGAUCCCCGCCUUCAUACCAGGCCCCAACAUAUCCAAAGUCGACGACCCGAAUCAACCAAAGGAGAUGACGACGCCUUAUCGCUUGAAAGACACCUUUAUGUGGAACCUCCACGAGACUCUGAUCACCACAGAUCACUUUGCGACACAGCUAGCGCAGGAUCUCGAUCUUCCCAACAAGGCGCACGUCAUCGCCGAGAUCAGUAAACAAAUACGUACGCAGCUUGAGGAGUAUGCCGGUGUCGCACUGCACCCGCUUUUCCACUCUGCGCAGAAGCAAGCGCCGCCGGCCCAGGGCGCCACUGACCGCGACGCGUCGUCCACACCGAUAAUUGGCCGAUCAGAUACCCCACUCCGGAGCGCUGCGCUUGGACGAAGCACGCCCUCACGGCCCGCAGCGCCAGCCACGCCAGCACCAACAACAUCGGUGCUCCAGGGCGAGGUUACUGCCACUGCCGAGCACGUCUCGGCUGACUCGGAUGACUUCAACCUCGACGACACUUAUCGCUGCGUCGUGGAGCUCAACAUACACCUCGGAUCGCAGCUUUACACGGACAAGUUUGAAUGGUCGCUGUUACAUCCGCCAGGCACAGCCGAGGCGUUUGCCAAGGUGACCUGCGAGGAUCUAGGUCUGUCCGGCGAAUGGGUCCCCGCCAUGACACAUGCUAUCUACGAGGCGGUGUUGCGACUGAAAAAGGAGGCGUGCGAGUCUGGUGGACUGGUCUCUGGUCUGGCAGGCGACGCGGGCAGUCUCGAUCCUUCGUUGGGCGUCUACUCGUCAUCCACGGUCCAUGGAGGUGCCGCGGCCGGUUGGCGCCACGACCCGGACCACCUUGCGGAUGAUUGGGAGCCCCGGCUGGAGAUGCUCUCUAAGGAGGAGAUGGAGAAGCGUGAGGGCGACCGAGAGAGGCAGAUCAGGCGAUUGAGGCGAGAAACGGCUCGCUUCAGCAGUCUGGCCGGCAUGGCCGGCGGUGUACCUGUUGGCUUUGGGUUUGGUGGCCUGAUAGAGCAAGAGGAGGAACGCAUGGGACGUGGAGAACGCAGCAAGAAGAAGCGGAGGUUCCGAAGCCUGUCACCAGUUGGGAGAUCGGCCACGCCUGGUGGUAGGGGAACUCCAGACGUGGGCGGCGGUGGCGGCUACGGCGGAGGAGGCUCCUUGACGGAUGCGGAGCGGCACUGGCGAUAUAUAUCCUCCUUCCACGGCCCUUGGCUGCACCUCCCGCUCGAAGCGCUCGAAUCACUCGCACACUCCAAUUACAAUUCCCCACGGCCCCGACCUAUAGACCCGGGAGUCUUCUUCGACCUCGUAAAGAUCCGCCGCCUCGUCGGCGAGGCAACACCCCUGACCGUCAAUGCCGCCAAUGGCUUUGGUCCGGGCAGCAAGGUGCGGCUGUCCCACGAGAGGAAACACAGGAUGCGCGACCAGGCCACGCGCCGACUUUCUCAGGCCUACCGGAUAGAUGAGAUCGCCACCAGCGUUGCUGUGAUGCAAGGGACAACGAGCCUGGAGAAUGUCGCCGAGCUGGUGCUGGACAAGAAGCCCGACGAUGUCGACGCCAGUUACGUUCACUUCUUCCACGAAAAGAUCCCUUCUCGUCACGUCGUCGAGUCGACCCCCUUCGAACCGCUCAACAACAUCGUUGGCUCAAGGCCCAUGGAGCCCGAGUACCUCCGCACGCGCGCGAUAUUGCGCGUCUUCGGCGAGGACUUUGACGGCGCCGUCGCCGACCUGACCGCGGCGAUCCAGCUGCUCCGAUAUCACAGACCGGCGCAUAACAGCCGCGAAGAGGUUGUACCCGUACCAACGUCCGGGAGGAGGCUGCCCGAGGUCAAGCUGGCCGAGGAUGAGCAGCCGACUAGCCUCGAGAUGCAGCUCAUGUUUCAGCGCGGCGCAGCCUACCUCUCGAGGGCCUGUCAGUGCGUCUACGCGGCAUUGCCCCCUUCUGGUAAGCAGGAUAGUGACGCGCGGAUAUCAGAGUGGCGCGCAGACGCCCGUGGACCCCAUGCGGCCGCAACCAACGGAGACCCAACGGCGCCGAGCCCGAGCACCGAGGAGGAAGCUGAGGCGCAGCAGAUAGCUGCGCGCAAGCUCCUCAAAACCAUUGCCAAGCGCGCGCUGCGGGACUAUAUGGCAUUCCUAGAUCACAUAGAAUACUCUCCCGACUUCCCCCUCGAGGACAGUGAUGACUAUCCACGCAGGAACGGCGGUAGUAGUAGCAGCUCGCGUCUGUCACAUCCCAACGGCCGCGCUCCGGCAACCUCACAGCCACAACACAGGACAUACCGCCUGUCGCAACUAUUCGAACCUACUCCGCCGUCCGACCUUCCACCGUAUCCACCCACACAACCAUUCCGAAAGGACACGAAAGACACACCUCCGCAACAAUCAUCGACACCCUCACCGAACCAAACUACGACAAUUACUACAUCCGACAACUUAGCCGCAAACACAAGACCCCCUUCGCCGUCCAGAACAGAGUAUAUAACCUACCACCCUCUCCUAUCCGAUGCCCUCCACGCCCUCCUUCUCUGCCACAGCCUCUUGCAGACCAGCACCAAAGAGCUCCUCCGCCAUGCCCACAUGGUCGGCCGUCUCGCCCGCCUUGCCGACGGCUAUCCCAUCUUCCAGGCCAGCCGCUCCCCCGCCCGCGCCGACUGGAUCGAGGUACUACGCCGCGUCAACGGACCAGAAUGGCUCGGCCUGCACACCUCGUGGGAAUCACUCUGCCGCCCCGCGCCCCUAUCCAGCAACCCCGUCAACAGCUCCGCCGCUGUUCCAAGACCGCAGCUAGAUGCCACAUCGUCGACCAACACGACGGCAGGCAUGAACCCCGCCACGAUCACCGCGCCCAGUAACUCCCUCGCCGCUACCGCCACCUCCGCGGCAGCCGACGCCUAUGACGAAGACAGCAGAGAGUAUCCCAUCUGGACCGAGCGCGCGGCCGCGGUCGUCAGGUGGGUCAAGGAAGCCCCCGGCCUGCCACCACUACCGGCAGCCGGCGGCGCCAAGAAGAAGAAAAAGGUCUCGGGGAGAGCUAGAGUCGCUGCCUCCUCGGGAUCGUCAGCGUCGCAGCCGCCACCGGUAGAAAGCUCCUCGUCCGCGGUGGCGGAGGCGAAGCAGGUCGAACUGAGGCCUGGUCCUCCACCAUAA